AUGCUGGAAGCAAAGCUCAACGAAGCUGCAGUCUUGAAACGUCUCCUAGAUGCUAUCAAGGAGCUCGUCUCAGAUGCCAACUUUGAGUGCACGGAAGAAGGAAUUACCCUUCAAGCCAUGGAUAAUUCUCAUGUAGCACUCGUCUCUGUCAAACUCGAUGUCACAGGGUUCCAAAAAUACCGCUGCGACCGCCCGAUUCCUCUUGGUGUUAACCUUGUUGCACUUACCAAGGUGGUCAAGUGCGCGAAGGACGACGACAUCUGUAUCCUAAAAGCCUCAGACGACGGCGAUGUGCUUGGGCUCACAUAUCAAGCGCGCAAUUCUGACCGCAUCGCCGACUACGAGGUCAAACUCAUGGAUAUCGACGCUGAAACGCUCGGCAUCCCCGACACCGACUAUGAAGCCCGUGUCACCAUGCCUGCGUCGGAGUUCUCACGCAUCGUCCGUGACCUCUCGUCGCUCAGCGAGUCCGUUCGCAUUGAGGUCUCGAAGGAGGGCGUGCGCUUCAUUAGUGACGGCGAGUCGGCGAACGGGAGCAUCCUUUUGAAGCAAACCGAGGCCGCGCGCGAGCGCGACGACGAUGAGAUUCCCUCGGGCGGAGUCAGCAUCGAGAUGACGCAGCAUGUAACGCUCACCUUCUCGCUCAAGUACCUCGUCAAUUUUUCCAAGAGCGCGUCGCUCUCAGACACCGUUCAGCUGAUGCUUAAGAACGAUGUUCCCCUCCUGGUGUCCUACUCGUUCGGCCAAGGGCACAUCCGAUACUACCUGGCACCUAAAAUCGGCGACGAUUAG